AUUCCAGGAUCUCAGCAUGGCGGGUUCUGCUCUGCGAGUGUGUGGCAAGCUCCUGCUGCGUCGCCCUCCGUCGCUCUCGGCGGCCGCACCGUUUGGGUCUCGUGGCUACAAUGGGGAGGCCCCGGGCCACCCCGGGGAGAACGGAGACAGCACGCUCCCGCCGUGGGAGGAGCGCACGGGCGAGCCGCUGGACACGAAGCGAGCGCGCCUGCUGUACGAGAGCCGCAAGCGCGGCAUGCUGGAGAACUGCAUCCUGCUGAGCUUCUUUGCCAAGGAGUAUCUCAACACCAUGAGUGAGAAGCAGCUGCGUUUAUACGACAAACUCAUUAACCAGCCCAGCAAUGACUGGGAUAUAUACUACUGGGCAACAGGGGCUCGCCCGACGCCUAGCGAAUUCGACUCGGAGGUGAUGCACCUCCUGCAGGAGUACGCCAAGAACCGAAACAUGGAGCAGCGAAUCUGCCAGCCAGACCUGGAGUACCUCUUCGAGAAAAAGGCCUGAAGGGCGAGGACGCCCGCCCACUGCCAGCAAUGUUCACCGUUUCACGGCCGGUCACGUCUACUCUUGGCAAACAGCGAUGAUGCCCUCCUCUUGUGGCCGGUCCAAUUAUCAUGUCACGUGAGCGAUUGUGGUCUCUUUUUUUUUCGGGCCACAUAUACACGUGAUGAAGUUCUGCUGCUGCCAUCUAGUGGCAGCAUCUGGACAAGAAAAUAUUGCACAACGAAUAACCAGGGUCAUGCCUCUUCCAUGAAUUCUGAAACGUGUUACCAAUUGACCAAUAUUAUACAGAAUUUGUUACAAAAAGUGUUUGGCCGCAGAGAGACGUGCAGUUAAAAAAACAGACGCCCAGCUGUGAGCAGGGUUCAGCUGCGCCGUUCAGGACGUGCUCUGAGAGGCGUUAACUGCUAAAACCUCACGUGGACGCGAGACCCGAUGUCAGUGCGUCUCCAGUGAGAGAUCUGUUAACAAGAGCAAUGAUGAAAACAAUUCUUCUUGGUUCUUUCGGUAAAGUCACGUAGAAGGGAAAUAAUAAAAUAAUAAAAAUAAACCAAGAAAAUAAUUCUCACGACGUUUCGGCCACAACGCAAGCAGCCGUUUUUUAUUAUGUUUUAUUUUUAUUAUUUUAUUAUUUCCCUUCUACGUGACUUUACCAAAAGAACCAAGAAGAUGAAUCCCUGCAGUCACGAAAGCUUUAAAUCGAAAUGUAAACAAUUGUCACCUUGGUGGAGUUUUUCCUAUUCAAGUCAGCAAUGGCUUAGUGCACUAAAAUUAUCAAUCGUGACAAUGACUACGACUACCCACCAAAGACCAAAGCGUGACUGACACGAUGUCGUUAGCGAGUGUAUGAAGACGCAGACAGAUAAUUUCGGAGCGUUAUUCGACGCUCUUGCGCGGAGAGCCGCGUUCUACACAGUGCAGUAUCGCUACGCACUCCACGUUGUGGUUGAAAGUUUUACAGAUGUCGGCUUGUGACGCCGAGACGCUUGCCGUGUCAGUUUCCAGGGUCUCGUGCCAAUGUGGUGUCAUUUCGUCGUCCGCAUUGAGUGUGUUUGGUGCGCGAAGAAAUAUUCACGAUGUUAAAUUUAGACUUGGCCAUUUAAUACCAAGAAAUAAUACGACCUGCUCAAUGAACAUUCGCAGCCCCAAUUUGUCAUUCCACUGCAGGAUGGGAGCCUGCCCACGCUGUGGGAUAAUUGACCAUACUUCACCACGCUGGUCAUAGCGGGUAGGGUGAAGGUGGGGGAGUAGACAAUGGAAUGUUGUACAGUGCAAUAGAUGUUGGACACCCUCACAAACGAGAUGUUUCACCUCAAGGAAUUAUCAACAAGUUCGUUAUGAACAGAUGCCAGGUACAAUAAUGUAAAUAAAGAUGUACAUUAUGACUAACAAUAUGUAACAAAAACAAUCAUAAAAUAUACCAAUUAGUACAAUAUAUGGUCUGAGCACAUGGACGACAGUUGCUGGUUGUGAGCUAUCUAUCACCAUAGUGUACAAUCAGUUGAUUUUGGCAAUUAUUUUAAAACAUCUUAGUUGGAAGCUGUAGUACUCUAAUUUAUUAAGGCACUUGUAACAGUUUUGAUUUACUGUGUCAGUAUCUUUUUUGACCGUAUUCUCUGCAUUAUAAAACCCACUUUUUGCCUUCUAUUUUCAAGCAAAGGUGAAGGGUUGGUCUUAUAAUCCAGGAGGCAUGUGUGACCAGAUUAGUAUAACCUUAAUGAAACUGGGCACAGGUGUGAUGAGGGUUUCUUACUCUCUGAAGAAGAUGGUAACACAAUGUUAUGGUUUUACAUAUCCGAAGAGAAUGUCUGUACUAGUUAUAAACCAUUUGAAAUCUAUGAAAAAUAUUGCGACAUUCAUUAUGAAUAUAAAGAAGCUCGGUUUUAGAUGUAACUUGUAAAAUGCUUUCUUGCUGUCGAGUAUUGAAAUAGUUUCAUAGGUUAACGGUUCAUUCAUUACUCGAACUUUAACAAUCAUCGUAACUUGUUUUAUCGGUUUCCAAGAGGAAAAUAAAAUGCAAUACGAAAUGU